GUGGUCUAAAAAUUGUGCUCUACCAGUCAGGGACGGGUCUGUUCACAUGCUUCUGACAAUACUCGCGUUAACCAGAUACGUUGCUAUAUAAACCAGAUCCUUCUCCCUCGUAACUUCAGUUCUCUUGUCUAAAUUAACUUUUUAGAAAAUGAAGAUGAUAAUCCGUAUUUUCUUCGUCCUCUCUCUAGUUUCAUCCAUCUCUUCUGCCUCAGUUCAAGACUUUUGUAUAGCUGAUCCGAGCGGUCCUCAAAGCCCAUCAGGAUACUCUUGCAAGAACCCUGAGCAUGUCACAGCAGAUGACUUCGCAUUCUCCGGUCUCGCAAAAUCCGGAAACACUUCAAACAUGAUUAAAGCCGCAGUAGCUACAGGCUUUGCCCCUGCUUUCGCAGGGGUCAAUGGCCUUGGAGUCUCAGUGGCUCGUCUUGACUUAGCCGAAGGUGGUGUCGUUCCUAUUCACAUUCAUUCUGGUGCGUCUGAAGUUCUUAUAGUCAUAGAAGGAACCAUCCGCGCGGGGAUUAUAUCAUCUGCUAAUAAAGUUUACUUGAAGACUCUCCAGAAAGGUGAGGUUAUAGUGUUUCCUCAAGGGCUUCUUCACUUUGCGCUUAACGGUGGGACAGGUCCUGCCAUGGCCUUUGCUGCUUUUGGAAGCUCCAACCCGGGCGUCCAGCUUGUACCCAAUGCUCUGUUUGCAAGUGAUUUGCCUUCAGAACUCGUUGAAGCCACGAACUUCCUUAGCCAUGAAGAGGUUAAGAGGAUUAAGGGUGUGCUUGGAGGAGCGAAUAAACCUUCUCUUUCGUUUUCUUGAUCUACACCUUAAGAUUAACCGACACUCUUUGCUUGUUGUCCUUGAUGUUUAUUUCAUUCAUGUUCUUGCUAUUAUUAUUUUCCUAGUAAAAAAAGGUCUACAGAUCGAUAUCUUUUAUAUACUUCAAAUAUUUGAUUAACUCUAAUAUACCGUUAGUUUUUGUU